GGCUCCAGCCGCGGUCCCGCCAUGUAACAACGGUGCCGCCGCCGCCGCCGCCUGCUCCGGGGCCUCCUCACGGGGGCGCCCCGCCCGGCCCGGCCCGGCCCCGGCGGCUCCGCGGAGCUCACUGCUAUGGACAGUGCUAUCACCCUGUGGCAGUUCCUCCUCCAGCUCCUCCAGGAGCCCCGGAACAAGCACAUCAUCUCCUGGACCUCCAACGACGGGGAGUUCAAGCUGCUGCAGGCGGAGGAGGUGGCCCGGCUGUGGGGGAUCCGCAAGAACAAGCCCAGCAUGAACUACGACAAACUCAGCCGUGCGCUCAGAUACUACUACGUGAAGAAUAUCAUUAAGAAGGUGAACGGACAGAAGUUUGUAUACAAGUUUGUGUCUUAUCCGGAGAUUCUGCACAUGGACCCGUUAGUGGUGGGCAAGAUCGAGGGAGACGCCGAGGUGGCAGGCUUUGCUGAGGUCAGCGGCACACCCAAGGACAUGGAGAACUGCGGAAAAGAGAAGACCCAGUCUUGCGCAAAGUCGUCCAGCCGCAAUGACUAUAUCCACUCGGGCCUGUACUCGUCUUUCACCCUUAACUCCCUGAACUCCUCCAGUGUCAAACUCUUCAGGUCGAUCAAGAUUGAGAAUUCAGCUGAGAAACUGCCGGAAAAGAGACCUGCUCAGGAUGCAACUGCCUCUGUCAUUAAGUUUGUGACCAUGCCCUCCAAGAAACCUUUGGCUGCUCCUCUUGUCUCGGCCCCACUGAUGGUCUCACCCGCUCUGACUGUCCCUUCCAUUUCCACCGUGUCUACCCUUCCGACAGGAACAGAAGAAGUUCUCCAGCCCUUGGAGACGCUUGUUCUACCUAAACUAACUGCUCCUGAAGCCCCAGCCCCUUUGCCAAACUUAACCACCAGCUUCACCCCAACUCCCCCUGUAUCCUCCAUUUCUCCCACUCUGCAGGUCCCUUCCCCUCCCCCGUCACCGCCCUUGAGCUCUAACCCAGACCUGGAUAUCGACACGGACAUAGAGUCCGUGGCUUCCCAGCAGCUGGAGCAGUCCCAGAACCUCCAGCACCCAUCUCCAGAGCCCGAAGAGCAGGAUUUAUCUAUGCUGGAUAAGGACCUUGCCAACCACUUCUCACGAUCCAAGAAACCUAAAGGGCUGGAGCUCGCCCCUACUCUGGUCAUCACUGGCAGCGAUCCAAGCCCGCUGGGGAUACUAAGCCCUUCUCUCCCAACUGCUUCUCUUACUCCAGCACUUUUUUCACAGACUCCCAUCUUGCUGACCCCAAGCCCCUUGCUCUCCAGUAUCCAUUUCUGGAGUACACUCAGUCCAGUUGCCCCUCUCAGUCCAGCCAGGUUGCAAGGUGCUAACACCCUUUUCCAGUUUCCAUCAGUGCUGAACAGUCAUGGGCCAUUCACUCUCUCUGGACUAGAUGGACCUUCCACCCCUGGCCCAUUUUCCCCAGACCUGCAGAAGACAUAGCACAUGACCUCACAGAAGGACAAAUUGGGGAGCAAGGGAAAGAGAUGACGUUCAGUGUAAUCCAUGUUUUUAAAUGAGCAAUUUAUAAUUCCACAGAGAUGAUAAGUAGACAUGAUUUUUGCCAUUCCCAGCUAAAAUGCCUUUUGCAGAAUUCCCUUUUUUUUGAAGACUAUCUUGGGAAUGCACAGGGAAACGCCUUAAUCGGAGUCCAGGCUCCACAGACUUUUCUCUCCCUCCUUGGUUAAGAAGACUUUUUUUUAUUUUGCUUUGACUAAAGGGGGUUUCUGUCAGUGAUGCAGUGACUGGAUCUGCAUUGAUUGCAGCAGAUGGUGUCAAAGAAGUCUCUUCUCUCUGACCCUGUAAACCCUUCGUUCUCCUGCCACUCCUGCUAGAUGAGAUGAAGAACAAUUGUGAGCGAAGCUGGUAUUCCAAGAAAUGCGUGGUCAGAGGGUCUGAAUGCAGCUCUUCUAUGGGGCUGCCAACUGUCACAUCCUCAAAACAGCUAACGUCCUAUCUGCUGUAACAAAAAAAAAUCUCAUCUUACUGGGAGACAUUUUAAAGGAUGUACUUAGUGACAGGGUCAGUGAGAAGCGGACACUUUCUGGUUGUGGUUGUACACGGGCAGUCGGGCAGCGAGUCUGCCUCUCUGGGAAGUGGGUUGGUUGGCACUAACAUGCCUCCAUUCCCCCCCAGGCCUGGAGUGAGGAAGCAAGGCUUGGAGACAAAAGGGAAUUUGCUUGGGGUGCUGGAAUUGUUUGAAUGCUAAGAGCCAGCUAUUUCCUGGUCCUCCACAUCUGCACAAAGCCUGUCCGUUGGCGGUGAGAAGGUUUUAUGAGCGGUAGCUGGUUUCUAGGGGUGGGGGUUGUCUGGGUACUGGGUGAGGCUGCUGUCUUGCUGCUUGAUGCUGCGUUGGAGACCUUAAUGAGAAGGAACACUACGGUUCUGCUCUUUUCCUGCCAGUGUGGUACCCAAAACAGAAGAGCCUCCCCUCCCACUUGCCCCAGCUCUUGUCUCAGGUUCUGGUUUAGAGCUUUGCUUUUCAUUUGAGCGGGUGUCGAUAACCGAGACGCACGGAUUUGGUGUAUGGCGCUAGAGUAAGGAACAAAGAAAGCUGCAUCAGUGUGAAGGUCCAGGCGUGCGUGGUCUCCAGGUGGCCCCUGUGGGGCUUGCCGUCAGUGUACUUGGGAGCUGUUUUUUAGUAUUCGUGAAGUGAGAUUUGCAUCUGGAAUGAAAACCUCCGACAGCCUUUUGUGGAGGAGCUGAGACAGGAAGGGAGAGUGUCAACCCUCUUGCCUCCUGCUCUCUGCCUCCUAAUGGGAUGUCUCAGGGUUUGGGCAUUGGGAUUUAUACCCUUUCGGGUCUGUCAUCCAGCAGCUGUCAGGCAACGGUUUCCAUUUGCUGUCAAUGUACAUGCAAUGACUUGGUGGCCUCAAAUGACCUUUUGGCUAGCAUGUCCACUGAAAAUGCUGGAGGGCACCGCAGUGCCCUCUGAUUGGCAUCCUUGUUAGCUGUCUUAGAUGCUGAAGACUGAAUGAUCAUAGGAGUGGUUACUCCAGAGUGGAGGUGAGGGAGGCUUGCAGCGCUACUUUCUGUAUCGCACCUGUCCUUUGGAUGAACAGAGGACUUAAAUCUCCAGGCCUUUCAAUUUGGCACUUUUUGCAAGCUCUUAAGUGUGUGUGUAUGUGUGUGUACAUGUGCGCACCCGUGUGAGCGCUUCCCAGACUUAAUGUGGUGCAAGUGGCCUGUUGUAUUCUAGCAUUGAAACGUAACCCCAUAUUGUUCAUCUUUUAAUACAUCACCCUUGAGAAUUGGAUGUUAAACGCCCUUGCCCAAAACAAGUAAAAGAAUAUGCCUAGUGUCAGGGAGGGGCGGACAGUCAGCAGAAGUAGUGAGCGGCCUACUUUUUAAAGCACGUUACUGCUUCCAGUUUUGGACGUCAGCAGGUAGCGCUUAAAAGUCAAGCCCUUGGCUCUUAGCAUGACAAUGUGCAAUAUUCACUGGUUAUUAAGGUAGUCAUGCAGAAAGAAAGCUGCAGGUAGUAAUUGAGAGCAAGCAUCUGGGAUUCGUGGGUUUACAUGUAGUGGCUUAUGUGCCUGCUCUAAAAAAGAAGUGUGUGUGUGUGUGUGUAUGUCUGUGUGUGUAUAUAGGUGUGCACGUGUGUAUAGGUGUGUGUAUAUCUAUAUAUCUAUCUAGAUAUAUAGAUAUAGAUUUAUAUAUAAUCUAUAUAUAAUUAGCAGCACUUUUGAUGGUUGUAUUAGGCUGGCCAAGUUUAUGCCCAGUAAGUGUGAUGCCUGGAGGGUGGCAUUGCAGAAUAAGGAUUCUGUUUUUAAAAAAAAAAAGUCACGAGCACUAGAGUUGUAGCUUGAUUGCUUCCCUCUUCCUGUGCCCCUGAAGGCAAGCCAAGGUUCUUUGUUUAAAGUAUGUCUGUGUGUAGGUGUGUGCACGCACUUUCUCACCUACCCUUUUUUUUGUGGGUUAUAAAAUUUUCAGUAUGUGUGCGCAAGAGAACUAAUCGCAAGCCCAUUUUGGCAAGUCUUUAGUUUUACUUGGUCCAGUAGAGCGAUGCCAUCUCUGCAACUUCAGCGGGAAGCGUGGCCACGGUGGGUUCGGUAGUGCACUGGCUGAGACGGGGUUGGGGCACUGUGGUGUUUUGACUGUUGGGGAAUAACGUCUUCAUUGAAAGUUACUUUGCCACUCUUGGCAUUUUCUGCUUCCUGACAUACCAUUGAGAAGACUCUGGUCCCCUGAUCACUGCUGAGAAAAAAAUCUCCUUUUUAGAGCUGUUCGGUCAGCAGGUAUCCUUGGAUGGCAGCAGGCAGAGGUGACUGAGGAGAGGCUAGUUUGCUUAGCUUUUCCCCAUCACGACUUCCCAGAUCACUAUUAAACAAGUGACUUGGUCUUGUACAUGUUGCCUCAUUAGUGAGAGAGCUUGUAAACACACGCUUAUUGACAAGGCCACGACUGCCAGCGGUUUGGGAUAGGAACAUUCCUGACAACACGUGGUGUAGGUUUAACUUUCUGUGAGUCUCUACUACCCUCCCAGCUUCCUUCAGGGUGAUCUUGCGGUUCUUGUUACUUGUUCUUAAUAAGGGGCUUUUAUUUUAUUUAAAGCUUUAUCGUGCCAUUGUGCAUUGUUGGCUAAAAGGUAAUAAAAAUGGCUAUUGCAGUAUGUUGCAGUUGCUGCUGCAUAAUAACCUUGCAGAGUCAUGGAGCUUUCACUGCUGCCGCCUCUGCCAUAUCCGCUCCUUUCUUUUAGGAGGCUUGAAUCUCCCACCGCUUUCCCUGCAGCUGGAGAUGGGCACCCUGAGGGAGGUGGCGUAUGUGGCAUAAUCUACCGCUAGAGGAAUCCGAUUUGUUCCGGAUCCACUUGCCCGCAGGAAGGGCAAUCCCAGUCCGAGGGAGGCAGAAGGGAAUGUAGAAGGAGGUUGUCUGUUCAGCAGAAGGGCCACUUGAGACUGUAUGCUCGUGUGAAAAUUGGUCUUCAGAGGUAGUUGCUGAAUCUAGUUCUCGUGCACCGUCCUUAGUUUGGGUUAUGUUUUGCAGUCAAUUUGGAAGCAAGGAAAGAUUGAGUCCUUGAAUUCCAGAAUUCUUGAUUAUACACCAAAUAUCAAAGGGCUUUGACAUCAGUGCAUUUCUGAAUGGGAUGUGCAUUGUGAAGGGCCUUGGCAUUCAGGGACUUGGGAUAAUUUCUCUCUCUGCUACAAUUUCACAGCCUCAGAGAUAUCUAGCACGUACACUCUUUUUGGCCUUUGUUUUUGUUCAGUUUAACCUCAGUGACAAUCACUCGUAUGCAUAUAUCUUCCUUUAUGCAACACAAUCACUUUUCAAAACCAGGGCCAUGUGUUACCCUGGCAAGGAUCUCUCUCGUUCAUUCACUUUACUGCAAGCACUUCUGCAACAGAUCAAAAUUUUAUACGAGGACUUGAUUAAAGUAAGUCUGUAAUUCUCUGGGUGAAGGCAAAUGUAGAACUCGGAUCCACUCAAGUGAGGUUUUCCAGUGCUGCGUUCCAGUUCUGAUGAUCUAGUGGGUAUCCCUAUCACUCAUGUAUCUACUUUUUAAUGAUCUUUUUUGCUACUAUUUUUAUAGCAUUUUUAUAUGUAAUCACAUUUUACUAUACAAUUUAACAUUUUAUUUUCAGUUUUAAUAUGUGCUUGUUUACAAGAUACAUCUCACGUGUAUCGCAAGGCUAGUUUGGUAAGUGUCCAAUAGAAAUCAGACUAUUUCAGUAGCUAAUGAAUGUUGUCAAGAUUGACAGACGUUCACAUUUGAUUAUUUGGGUUUAUGGGUCUCUCAAAGAAUUUUGCUCUGUUUCUUUCCUUGGUUUUCAUGCAUAAGACAUCCGUAUAGUUUGGGGUCUCUGAGACAUGAGGUUUGUGUGCUUUAUCUUGCCUAAAAGAAAUGGAGAACUCUAGAACUCUUGGUUCGGAGAUGAUGGGUUUUUGUGGUUUCUUAGUUGAUCUAAUAAGAGGUAUCAUCUCUGAACCAAGAGUUCUAGAGUUUUGCAUUUCUUUUCAUCUCACGGCUACCAAAUCCAUCCCAUUAUCUUGCCUAAAGAAGGAGGCACAGUGCACAGCUUGCCUGUUGGAGAGAAACCCCAGGACCCAUCCUGCAGCAGCAAGGUUGAACUUCCAUCACUCACACAACCGUGGUCUUUGGGAAGUUGAUUCUAGAUACUUUAAAAAGGUGCAGUAGGAUCUGCUCAAAAGAGGCAGCCUAGUGAAAUGGUUUUAACGGUGAUUUAAUGUAGUGAUGGUGAAUGCAAUGGCUGCUGCUUAUUUUGAAGGGGGCUGACAAAAUUUCUGUUUCAUGUGGAAGCAUUUGGUCAGUGCUAGGGGGAUAAGUAAUGGUUAACAUGUACGAUGGCAAAUACCGUGGCAGUCAAAGGAGGAUUUCAAGAGGACAAGCAGUGACCAGUGUUUUUAUACUUAGGGUUUUAAUGCAGUUCUUUCACAAAGUCUCUUGGUUGGAUAUGAGCUCUUGGCUCACGGGAGAGAGCUGGCUGGUUGAGGGGAUUCCCGGUCGCAUCGCAUCGUGGUUACGUUUGAGACGGUUAUUUUUUGUCGGCGUUCUUGAAGGCUGGUUCUGGACAGGAGGGUCCUUGUGAGUGUAUUCCUCCUCCCCUAUUUACCAACUUGUAGCGCACCCCAGAGCCGUUGUAGCUGCAGGAAGGAAAGCAGCAUUGCACUCUGCCUCGUGCAUCAUCAGCAGACUCGCCGCUUGAAUUUCUUGGCUGUCUCUCUGGUGCCAUGUGAAGUGGAAAGAACAGAACUUGAUCUUCAGAUAGCCAGAGCCUGACGUUAGAAAUGCUGUGGUUUUGUCUUGUACAACGAACAGUAUGACAUGGGAGGGACACAUUCCAUGUGGGAUCUUGAUCCUCUUUACAGGACAGGUUUCCUGACCAUAACAAUGCUUUAAACUGUGGCAACAGGUAAGGAAAAAGAGCAAAAAAAACUUGCAGACUAUUAAGUUUCCCCUCCCUCAUGACGGUUAAGAUGGGAUAUCAGCCUUUAACUCAGAUGGUUCUACAAAAGCCAGGAAAAUAACUCAUUUGAUUAUUAGACUUCCUUUCAACCUCCCAUCAAAAGAAUGGAAAAUAUGUCAGCUGAUUGAUGGCUACUCCAGCCACCUCGGUAACUACACAGUUUUUGACAGCUUAGGGACUUGGUCUUGCUUUUUGUACAUGUUUAAUUGAGACUGGAAGAACUUUGUACUUACGGAAACGCAUCCGACACACACACGUGCACACACGCACACUUUUUGAGGGACAUAGAUUCGUUCUCUAUUAGUUUCCAGACUUGUAGCAGGUAAUGUCUAAAAUAUAUAUUGAGGAUAAGUACUGCACUUUUGCAGUUGCCACUUUUUAAGGGUUUUGCACAUUUGAAGUUUUGUGUGUUUAGUAGAAAGCAGAACUGAAAUCCAUUUUGCUAUGUUACAUAUUCAAUGCUUGCCAAUUUAAAAAAAAAAUAAUUUUUUUUUAAACAUCUGAUCUGAUGUAAAUCUUCCAGAAAGUGUCUUAAAGUGGUUUGAUGCUCAUGGAACUUACUUAACCAAAAUUAAGUUGCUUCUUUUAAAACUUAGAAAAAUAUUCUCAGUUGAGACUUUGCAGAAGAAGCUUUAAUUUCGGCAGCAUCAUUCUGAACCUCCGGAGCACAGGGGGCUCGUAAUGAUGACACUGUCUUCACUGUAAGUGGUGUGGACAGGAAAAAUAUGGCAGGUAUUCAGUUGUAGCCCUGUUCGGUCCUUGAGCAGUACUUUAGAGUAGCACUAUACUGGUAACUGGAAGCUCAAAUUGUCAGGCUUUUUCAUAGAGGAAGGUGUUUUGGACAGCCUCUGCAUGGUUUCUGAACUUGUACUGUGUGUGUUUGGGGGUGGUGGGGCAGGGGGUGGGAGUGGGUUAAAAUGCCCAGUUUUGCUUGUAGGCGCCUUGAGAUGUUUGUAAUUUUUGGGGCUAGUACGUCUUCAAUCUUCAGGCGUUGAAACCGCUUUAUAGACUUGUGUUGACUUUUUGUUCUGCUGUUGUUCAGUUGCACAAAGUUUUAUAUAAGAUGUACUAGAUUCUGAUGUUAAUUCUCUGUAAACGUUGUUGAGGUUGUACAUUGUAGUAAGAAACAAGAAAAAUAGUGGUAUUCUAAAGCUCCCUUUGAAAAAACUCGUUUGUAUUUCUAUUGCAGUGUUACCAGAUGGCCUUAUGUACGUCACAGUGCUUUGUGAUAGGUACAGUAGCACAUUCUAAUGCUCUUUCUCCCUUACCUUUUGUGUUUAUAGCAGAGAUGUAUAUUCUUAGCGAUAGAGAUGAAUAAAGAAGAAAACUGUAUAGUGAUGUGUACAGCGAGGACUGAGGACUGGUUAUCUCCAUGGGCUUGUAUCAGGGCAGCCAGAAAUGCUCUAAGGCGGGGAAACAGCUCCGAUCAGGGAUAGUUAACGAGCAAGAGACUUUGGGAAGGCUGAGAAUCCGGGCGCUGAUGCCAUCUAAAUAGAGUUGGCGAGAUGUCAGUAAACCGAACAGCCACCCUGACUUCAGGGCAGUUACUCUGACUUCCACCACCUUAGAAGCUGGCUCUGUAGGUUUUUUGCUUUAAUCUAAAGGGCUCAGUUGAAGGGGGUGCAGUGUUUGACAUGUGGGGGUGCAUCAGGAAUCUGAUCAGCUCCGGUAACAUCAUGCGGUUCCUUCUCUGUACUUUUUUAAAGUGCAGGUCGACUUUGCAAAGUGACUUUAAAUGGGAGUAAUAGGACAAGCAUCGGCUCAGUGAAGCUUUUCAAGUUUUGCUUUAUUUACAGGGCUUAAAACCCCCCCAACCCUUUUGCAACCUCAGAUUGGAAGGUGGAGCUGGGUGCUUUUCACCUUGUGGCCGCGUACACCAGCCCGGCCCCAGGGUUUUCACUGAUAGUGAACUGGUGCAGCACAAGGCCAGCUGGUGUCCUCGAACUUGAUUUUUAAACUCGGAGUACAAUCCGGUUUGCUCCCUGUGACUCAGCUGGCUGUGUAGAGCCAAACAUUAGUGACUGAACAUAUUUUUUUCCCCAAAUUCAGGAUCUGGGGCAUGGGAAACGGAUGCCAUUUUCAGUUAUUCUUUCUAGACUAGAAUAGCACUUUAAUUUUGUACUGAGUCAACUGCUAAAGCCAAUUUCUGCUGCAUCCGAGGCUUGUUCUAUCUCUCAGUGUUGGAUAAAUAUGGCAACCUUGCAUUGUCCUGAUGCUCUGAUUACACUAGGAUAAAGGUAACUGGGGAGAAAGUAGUUUCUCAGUCUCUCUCUUAUUGAUAACUGUACCUUCUAUAAUAUCCAGUAUCUUAAUGCCAUUGUGUUUAAAGGAAAACAAUGCUGGUAUGUAAUGCAAGUGCAUAAAUAGCCAAAGUUUUGAAUAACUGUUCAGUGUUACUAAACUGCUUUUAUUUAUCCUCCCAGCAUAAGAGAUUAGGGAGACCUUCAGCAUGUUAAAAUGCCAUUAAAAUUCAUCAAGAUAUAAUUUUACUCCAUUUGGGUCCUGGUAGAGCAGGUACUAAGCUCUCCAAGUGGAUUUUGACAAGGAUUUGGAGGGCCAAAUUAGUCUUAAACUCUUAAGCUACAGGAUCAGUCUCUGAGGAAGUGCCAUGUGAUGACGCUGCAGGUUUUAACCAAUAUUGUUUUAAAGGUCCAUGUGCUGGGUUUUGUACAUGUAAACAUCAUGAAGGUCUUUCCUGAGGAAUCAGGUGAUUUUUUUUUUUUCUAUGGCUUCAAAUUUUGUGCAAAAAAAACAAAAUUUAAAUGUACGAAUGUACGGCAAUCUUUUUUUUUAAAAAUGGGGGGGGACUGGUUAAAAGAACUAUUUUGUGUAAGAACUGACAGAGGGGUUUGCUUUGUAUAAUAAUGCAAGCUGGCUUUAAAAAGCAUUAUAGCGAAUUUAUUCAAGUCAGUCAUAUGUUAAGAGAGAUGUGCAACCAGACAUGCAAAACAAUUGUAUUUUUUUAAAUAAAUAUUUUUAACAAAA